AUGUUUAUUUUAUUGCAUCUUUUUCUUUAAUGUCUCGGAUAAACCUAAACCUUUUUGAAUUUAGAAAUAGGCAUACAUAUUUUAUAAACAUUUCAGAGAGGUCCAAAACCAAACCACAAAAUAGUAGUAAAAUUAGAAUAAGCAAUUUUCGAUUCAACAUAACUAUUGAUAUGUGAUUCAGAAAUUACUCUUCUAAAAGAAAACUGUAUUUACGAUGUAAAUUCUUAUGACCUGAAAAGAAAUACUUAAAUCAUAUAGCUAGUACAUGGCUUCAAAGUAGAAAAGUACCAAAUGCAGUUAUUAUCUAUGAAAUAAUUUAAUGAGUUCCCAUAGGUAAUAGGAACCUACUCUAAAUCUAUAUCAAACUUCUCCAUAACAAUAACUACACUAGAUAUAUCCGAAUGUGCCUCGUAAUGCUAAAAUGAAGGGAUCUGUAAAGACGGAAUGUGCGAAUGUGUGCAAGGAUAUUUUGGCGCAGAUUGUAGUAUUGUUGCUCUUGAUAUCACUCAUGAAUCUCGAUAUCAUAAGAAUGGAUUCUACUAUUUUAAUAUAAAAGGAUGUGACUAAAAUUCUUGUUCUCUAAGUAUAAAUUUUACUCAAGUGGGCACAUAUCGACAAACAUGUUAUGCUGAGGAUUGGUAUUUAUUAUAGUAAAAUAUGAUUGAAAAAAGAGAGAUUAAAAUUUCAGAUGUCCAGUCAUGUUUAUCAAAUAUCAAUAAUUAAAAAUUGAGUCCUUAACAAUUUUCUUACUAUAUUUUUUAUUUUGAAACAGAAUGUGAAAAUUCAUAAGAACCAAACAUUUAGAAUACUAAAAUUAUAUUAAUAAUUGUUAUAACAACUGUUGGAGGAUCCAUAAGUUUAUGUUGUUGUAUCAUUUGCUAUUACUACUUUUUCAGGAGGCAGAAAGAAGAACACUAGAUACUUCCUACAAUCUCAUUAUAUCCAAAAACUGAUAUAUAAAGGUACUUACCUAAACAACUAUAUAAAACAUUAAUAAAUUAAUAUCCAGGUUUGGCAAAUACAGAUGAAUGCCUGAUUUGUCUUGAUAAAAUUAAGGAGCAAGAUUAAGUUAGAUUGACUUAUUGCACUCACAUCUUUCAUGUGUAAUGUCUUGAUAAUUGGUUGGAGAAGAAUAGGAUAUGUCCAGCAUGCAGAUCUGAAUUAGAUGAAGUGACUUUGAUAAAAAUAGCUAAACUAAGGAAAAAUGAUUCGUUAAUGUUUGAAAACAAAGCCAGUCGCUUGUAUGGUGAUAUGGGUACACCCAACUUGACAAUGACUCCUUAACUUCGAUCGGUUGAAAUCACUCAUAGACAUUGA